AUGGAUGGAUUGGUUUUUGCCGAUUUAAAUUGGGCUAUUGUCUUCCUCACUCAGACUAGUAUUGGAAUCCUUGGAAAUUCUUUUCUGUUUUGCCUCUAUAACUUUUCUCUGCUCACUGCACGAGGGUUGAGACUCAUAGAUGUGAUUCUCAUACAGCUAUUCCUAGCUAACAACUUGGUACUGUUCUCUAAAGGGAUUCCACAGACAAUUGCAGCUUUUGGAUUGAAAGAUUUCCUGGAGGAGACUGGAUGUAAAAUUGUCUUCUACUUGCACAGAGUGGCUAGAGGCGUUACCCUCAGCACCACUUGCCUACUCAGUGGCUUCCAAGCCAUGACAAUUUGCCCCACUAUUUCAGGAUACAUGGAGAGCAAAAUUAAAUCACUGAAGUGUCUUGCCUUCUGCUGUUUUCUCUGUUGGAUCCUGAACCUCCUGAUAAAUAUCCAUAAUAUAAUGAAUGUAAGUGGACCAAACAACAGCAGGAACAUGAGUAUACACAACAUGUAUAGAUACUGCUCUGCUCCAGUCGCUAAGGGUUUUACAUUCACACUACUAGCAAUGCUUUAUGUCCUUACUGAUUGGACCUUUUUGGGUCUCAUGGCCUGGGCCAGUGGUUCCAUGGUCCUUCUGUUGCACAGACACAGACAAAGAGUCCAGCACCUUCACAGCCAGAGUCUCUCCCCCAGAACUUCUCAUGAGGCCAGAGCUGAGUGCACUGUGCUAAUCCUGGUGAGUAUGUUUGUCUCCUUUUACUUUCUGGCUGCUUCUUUAUCAUUGUGGAAAACCCAGGCCCUGAGCCCAAGCCCCCGGCUCAUGAGCAUCUCUGUGCUGCUGUCCUUGGGCUUCCCCACAUUCAGCCCCUUUGUGUUUCUCUUCAGUGAUACUCAUAUCUACCAAUUCUGUUUUGUCAUAUGGGCGAGAAAAACAAAUAUUUCAACUUUUGUCUCUGGGGUUUGA